ACGUGACCGCGCGCAGGAGUUCAAGAUGGAGACUGAGCGAUUUUGGUGUCUUCACUGUUAGCUAGCUGUUUAAUAAUAACAAACAAUAACAGCGGACUACCACACCACGUUUUUAACUUUGACAGUGUAGAUUUAUAACCCAGCUUGAGAUGUGCAUUUGGCAGCUUUUGGCCACGAUGAGGUAAGGUUAUUUGUAAACAAAGACCUCCUGAAGAAUAUUCAACAUAAGAGGUAGCCAGAGGAGAAAACUGUCAAUGCUCUUCAUCAUAAAGUCAAAUUGAGAGAGAGAGAGAGAGGAGAUCGAGAUGGCCCUGAGAGAGUUGAAGGUUUGUCUCCUGGGGGACACUGGCGUUGGAAAAUCCAGUAUUGUUUGGAGAUUUGUGGAGGACAGCUUUGACCCAAACAUUAACCCAACAAUCGGGGCUUCCUUCAUGACCAAGACGGUGCAAUACCAGAAUGAGCUGCACAAGUUCCUGAUCUGGGACACAGCAGGACAGGAGCGGUUUCGUGCCCUGGCACCGAUGUACUACAGAGGUUCAGCUGCGGCCAUCAUCGUUUAUGACAUCACAAAAGAGGAAUCCUUCCAAACACUGAAGAACUGGGUGAAGGAGCUGCGACAGCACGGCCCCCCUAAUAUUGUGGUUGCCAUCGCUGGCAACAAAUGUGACCUUUUAGACGCAAGGGAAGUGCCAGAGAAGGAUGCCAAGGACUAUGCUGACUCCAUUCAUGCCAUCUUCGUAGAAACCAGCGCCAAGAACGCCAUUAACAUCAACGAGGUGUUUAUAGAGAUAAGUAAGCGGAUCCCUGUUGCAGAAGCAGCAGGAGGAACAUCAGGAAAAGCUUUCAAACUGGGACGACAGGCUUCAGAGUCUCGCAGGACGUGCUGCUGAUGCUGAUGCUGGUGACUGUCUUCCCCCCCCCCCCCGUGGCCUGUAGCCUGACCUUUCCAUUCCCCUUGUGUCUACAACCUGCUCCAACUUACAGGCACCAAAAACCGUCACAACCACACAACCCGCCAUCAGUGACACCCGGAUGCAGCAUUAGCAGACUGAUAGCUGAGCAAAAGCAUUUUUACCGCAAGACAGCUAUUGUUACAUUUCUUGUAGGAGACGUACUUCAAGGAUACUGAGCAAUGAGAAAAAAACAUGCAUUUAUACCUUUUGAUGUAUAAAAGCCCCCCAUAUAUAUAUACAUAUAUAUAUAAAAAUACAUUUUACUGGCUUCUGUAAUGGACACUGACCUCUGUUUGGUGUAUUAUAGCCCUAUGCUGACCAGAGAUCUUUAAAGAAGUCAGAAGUUGUUUGUACUUGUAAAUUUGUACAAAUCUACAAUUUUUCAAACUAAAUCAUGGAAUGAAAAUUGUUCAAUUUCACCAAAUGAUUUUGCCAUUAUGUAAGUUAUUUCCUUUUUUCAACUUUGUGAAGGAUCCAUCUAUACAGUUCAUGUGCAUAAUCACAUAUUUAUCAUGAGAUUUUAUUGAAGCAGGAUAUGGUUAGAAACAUCAAUACCAUUCUGUCAUCUCAAUUUGUUGAGCUGUUUGAAAGGUUAUUUCAAGAGAUCUUGCUGAUUUAGGGUCAAGCCAGCGGGAUUGUUCACAUUAGACUGAAGUGUUAAUAUGCGAUCAGUGUGGUCACAUGGUGGAACUGUAAGCUUUGCAUUGGAAGGAAUAGUUGGAAAUUUGGGAAAGUAUGCUGGCUCAAAUUUUGCUGCACAUGAGAUGAAAAAAUCAACACUACUGUCAUAUUGUAAUACUAAAUAUGAAGCUGCAGCCGAUUAGCAUAGCUUAGCAUAAAGACUGGAAACAGGAAAGCAAAGGAAGAGGGCCAAAUCUGUUCAAAGGUAAAUAAAUCUACUUAAUUAACACAUCAUAUCUGUUAAUACCACCCUUUAACCAAACUAAUGUUCCAUUGUUCAGGCAUUAAUUUGGCCAACGAUUUGUUGGCCAGUGGAUAUAUUGGGAAGUUACUGGUCCCAGCAAAUAAAUUCACAACACAUAACCCUUUUACAAUAGUGAAUGCCUUUUGUUUAUCCUUUUUUGAAUGGAUUUAUCAAACAAAGGAGAGCAAAGUGUUUCCCCCAGUUUCCUGUCUUUAUGCAAAGGUAAGCUAAUAUGUGGAUGUCAUUUGCAUAUAUCCAACAGACAGAUAAAGGAAGGUAUUUGUCUUCUUCUUAUCCACCUCUGAAAGAAAACAAAUACAUGAUUUUACCUAGAAAAAAAAUAUUCCUUUAAUUGUGAACCUUGUUGUCCUUCUGUCUUUGGAUUUUUUUGGGGAGUAUUCUGAUGGUCAACUCCCCCUGAGAACGACUUAUUGUCAAAUAUUUUCACAAGAACUGUCCAGUCAACAUCUCCUGAUGAUGGAGCUUUAAGCAGUGCAGAAAGUGCUGACUAUGACAGUUUAGAAGUUUAUUAUCAUAUGAUAACAGUCCAGAUGUGCUCCACGUUUCCUCCUGUUAUUACUCAAAAGGUAUUAACUGAAUACUGACUAUGAAGUUCCCCAUAUUGCAUGCAGCAUACUACCGUUUGUCUCACAAUAUUACUUGAGCUUUAUUUCUCUCUCAUGUUCUUUGGAGAGCCUGCCUGUCCUCUAUACUUUGCUGCAGCUUUAAAACAUUUAACAGGCCAGGCUAAUGUUUAUGAGGUCUUGCCAAAUUUUUUAAUUGUCCCAUAAACAUUUUUUUAGGUUUCCCGUUUCUUUCCUCAAUCAGAUUGCACAUGUAAUGUUAUUUUACUACCUUGCCUGCGAUGGAAACAGUAUGAUCUUGAAAACUUGACAAGGUUUAGAGGAAAAUCAGAUUUAAGAGCUUAAAUCUCCCCUUUGCAUAAUGUUUAAGGUGGAGAAUUAGACGUGGCUCUGUGUCAACGUGCUGACCCCUUAAUGAACCUCCUUUCUGCUCUGAAUUACUGUAUGUGCUUUGUUCCAAACCUCUGCUUUGUAAUUUCUUUUCUCCAAGCUUCUUUUGACUCAUUCCUUUAAAUUCCAGGCACUUAUUGUAAGUCCAGCUUUCAGAGAAAUGUGGUGCACUUUACAGCAGCGUUCACAGGGCCCUAUCAUCCCCUUAAAAAAACAUGACAACUUUUCUCCUCUGAAAUCCUUAAGCUGUGUUCGAGUAGAGUAAUUUCCCUCUAAUAUUGGCCUAAUUAAACUUCAGUAGAAGUUGAAUCAUGAGCUCUCCACGGACGUAAUAAUUUUGUGUAAUCUCAUGCUCCUCUGUAUCUCCUGAGAGUCCCUUUUAGCCCAAAAACCUCUUUACAAAGUUGCCAAAUAACACAGAUGUGGCUUCAAGUCGACUGCAUAUCCACAUUUAUAAAUGUGGAUUAUGCACUCUACUGUCAGUGCAAGCCACUUAUUUGCCUUCAAGCAUCUUAAAAAGGAUCUGUUACUGAUCAUUGCUGUGCUGAGCAGUGCUGCUUUCUACUUCCUGUAGUGCAAUACUUUUUGUUAUGUAAAAUGGGCCCUAACCCAAGAAAUCUGUAACAGAGUGAGAGCUAACACUCGUACAAAAAUGUGAUGGCCUUUCCUCAGUCUCAAACGCUUGAUAAUGACAUUAACCUUGUUUUUCUGUUGACUUGAUGGCAAUUUUAUGCACACACAGUUUGUCAUUGGAGUGGUGUUAUGGAGCAAAUCAAAUGCCUUAAAAACAGUGACAUUUGAACAUUUAAACUUCCAAUUGAUUUAUUGAUUUACUCUGCUGCACUAUGUCAUGAUGUUAAUCUGUCUAGUAUUUAAUAUCUAGCGCAAGCCAUUCUAUUAAAAAAGGGAAUCACUCCGGUACUUUGAAAGGAGCACUUUGUAUUCAUUGGCCUUUAUUACUAACGCUCAAUCUGUCUGCCGUCUGUUAUUAUCUCUGUGAAAUCACUUGAUGAAAUAUACUUAGAGAGGUGUCGGACUCCUUAACAUGCCCUGACGUUAUUUUAGGCUUUGACGGUUUGCCCGGCUCUUAUUGCUAUGAAGGAUAUGGUGCCAAAUGAUGUCAAAGCUGUUUAACUACACCACACUUAAUCAACCUUUUUUUAUUGAUGAUGUAUGGUUAUGAUGACAGUAACAAAUCACAUUUAAAAAUGUCCCAUUUAACUGAAAACAGGAGGGAUACUGACAGUAUGGACGUUUUGCAUUGAAAAAUAGCAUUAGUCUUGGGCUGGCCCUGGGAUGAUUAUCUGUAUCAUGUUUAUUUUUCUUUGUAAAUAAAUACCGUCAAUUGCACACAUUUCUAUGACUAUAUUCUAUUACAAGCCAGUUGUGUGACCGAAACAGACUUGUACACAAUGUGCAGUAAUUCUAUCAGCGUUGUAGUUACCAUAUUUAGCUUUUUACUAUGUUUCAUAUCGAUUGUAACAAAUUGCCUGAAAAAAAAAUGUUUGCAGUGUAUUCCAAAAUGUGUAAAAAGGGUAUUGUCAAUUGGUUUCCUAAUAAAAGAUUGACAAAAAAUAUAA